AUGGAAAUGAUAGGAGAAAAGUAUCCUGGUGUUGUAGUUAUCGAUAGAAAACCUUCUCAGACGAUCCGAGUAUUAGAUCAAGUUUUGCAGCUUGCAGGACUUCUUUGUGCCAUCAUUGGCUGCGGUCGGCUUGUCAGUUUGAUCGGACAUUGUUUUUCAAUGGUGAAUUCGAACCAUACCUUGAGGAAUCUCAGACGAAGUUAUUACAAGCAAUGGGCGAGAUCAACAAGAACAGAGUGGAAGGAAUGCGUUGUGCUAUCGUGCCGGUUGGUAGUGCAGGGUCUGGUAAUCUACUCUCGUUCGACAUCUUAUCAACACACAAAUCUCCGAUGGUCAGUGGCUAUCAACUUCCCUCUUUUCUUUAUUAGUAACCCGGAUCUUAAUGGUUUCAGCGAGGGACCACCCAUAUAUUUACUCGAUACAGAUGUUGGGCAGAGCGAGUUCACACCUGCUGGCUGCAUGUCCCUAUGGAAAAUCUCUGAUCCUAUCCUUGAUGUUCCCUGCACACACCAGGUGCAAAUCUACCCAUGCUGUUACUUCUUCGGUAAUAUCACUCCGGCCGACGAUGCGGAUAGAUACAAGGAAAUCUUUGACCGCUUACUGAACGAAUUUCAAACCACCAGUGAACCAGGAUCGUUGUUAAUAAUCAACACGUCGUUGGGUUGGAUAGAUGGAUUGGGUUGCCAACUUCUUAGCCAUAUUUUUGAUGUCUCUCGGCCAAUGCUUGCUCUCAGUCUGUCCCAUGAUCGUGGAUCGUUCACUGUGAGUUUCUGUAUGCUUGUCAUCGUAGCUUGA